AUGACAGACGACGGCGAGAACAACGGGCGACCCGCAAAGCGCGCGCGCCUCGACGACAGCGCCGCCUCGGCCGCGACACCGCAGGCCACGCCCGGCUCAGGGCUGAACGCGCCGUCGCAAAUCGAGACCGAGUACGAGAAGGAAGCCCGCGCCGGGAUCGCAGAGUACAUCACACCAGACAAUCUGGGCUUCACGGGCAUUCUGAAACAGCGGUACACGGAUUUCCUCGUCAACGAGAUCGGGCUUGAUGGACAGGUGCUGCACUUGAAGAGCACGCAGCCCGAGAAGAGGAAGAAGGAUGUGAAGGAGGCGCCCGUGAAGACGGAGGUCGAGACGGAGGUCGAGACGGAGGUCGAGACGGAGAUCAAGCCGGAGGAGGAGAAGCCUGCGCAAGCGGAGCCAGCGGCCAAGGCAGAGGCAGAGCAGGCGGGAGAGGAGACGUUUGCGAUUGCCGGCGCGCCGAAGAAGGAGGCAAAAGAAGAGCUGUCCGAGGACGACACCAAGCUGCUCCACUCCAUCUUCGGCGAAGCCACAACCACGCAGAUCCUCGCGCUCGUCCAGAGCAUACGAACCCGCGAAGAAGCGAAGGCGCGCAGCUUCAAGCCCGUCACAUCGGCCCCAAUCCUCGACAAGGAGACACGCACAAACGCACACCAGUCGAUUCGCCGCAUGUUCCCGAACCUCCUCGAGACGUCCAUGGAAAACGACCAGUCGAUCCGGAUCAAAGCCAACCCGCCGGCCGAGCGUAAAAGCAAAGGCGGCAGGGGAGACCGCGCCAACGGCGACCAUGCGAAACAUCGCGGCGGCCAAUUGGUGUGGGAAGAGCUGGGCGGAGAGUACCUACACUUCUCGCUGUACAAGGAGAACAAGGACACAAUGGAGGUCGUCGGCUUCCUUGGGAGCAAGCUCAACAGCGGCGCGAAGGCGUUUGCUUUUGCCGGCACCAAGGACAGGCGCGCUUGCACUGUGCAGCGACUGUGCGUCAAGCGACAGACCGCUGAGCGCAUCGCUGGGUUCAACAGAUCGCUCUUCAACGCUGCAGUGGGCGACUUCGAAUACCGCAACAACGACUUGAAGCUGGGUGAUCUGAUGGGCAACGAGUUCACCAUCACGCUGAGAGACUGCAAGUUCCAGAACGAGGAGGGCAUGAAUGCUGUGCAGAGAGAGGUCUUCGCCAAUCAAGUCGUCGGCAAAGCUAUCAACGACUUCUCCGAGAAGGGCUUCAUCAACUACUACGGCCUCCAGCGCUUUGGAUCUUUCGCAGCUAGCACUGACCAGGUCGGUCGCAAGAUGCUCCAAGAUGACCUGGAGGGCGCCGUCAACGACCUUUUGAACUACAGCGAGGUAGCACUCGCCGCAGCACAAGGCACAGGCGACUCCAGCAUCCUCGUCUCCCAGGAUGACCGCAACCGCGCAAAGGCUCUCCACAUCUGGAGGACCGAAGGCAAGGGCCCUGCAGCCCUGGAAAUCCUCCCCCGCAAAUUCACCGCCGAGCGAAACCUCAUCCAGCACCUCGGCUCCCGCAACUCCAAGUCCGGCAAGCACGACCGCAGGACCGACUGGCAGGGCGCCCUGAUGACCAUUCCCCGCACCUUGCGCCUCAUGUACGUCCACGCCUACCAAUCGCUCGUCUGGAACGUCGUAGCCGGCAAGCGCUGGGCCACCCACGGCGCCAGCGUCGUCGAAGGCGACCUCGUCCUCGUCAGCGAACACGUCGACAAGACUGGCAACACCUCAUCGACAGCAAACACAACCAUCGACCAAGACGGCGAAUUCAUCAUCAACCCCUCGGGCACCGAGAACGCCAACGCCGCCACCGAGGACUUCGAGCGCGCGCGCGCUCUGACCGCCGCCGAAGCGCAGUCGGGCAUGUACACAAUCUACGACAUCGUGCUGCCGCAGCCGGGCUUCGACGUCGAGUAUCCACGCAACGACAUCGGCGCGUUCUACGAGGAGUUCAUGGCCAGCGAGCGCGGCGGCGGUCUGGACCCGCACAGCAUGCGCCGCGCGUGGCGCGAAGUCAGUCUAAGUGGUGGGUACAGGAAGGUCCUGGCCCGGCCACUGCGGCCGCUGGAGUUCCAAGUGCACGCGUACACGAAGGAAGACCAGCAGUUUGUGGAGACGGAUCUGGAUAAGAUCAAGAAGGCGAGGGGGAAGAAGGAGGGCGAGCGGGAGGGCGGGGAUGUGGAGAUGCAGGAGAGCGAGGGCGAGAAGAAGAUUGCUGUGGUUGUCAAGCUGCAGUUGGGGAGUAGCCAGUAUGCGACGAUGGCGCUGAGAGAGUUGAUGAAGGCUGGGGGUGUCAAGGCGUACAAGCCUGAGUUCAUGGGCGGACGGUAG